AUGUUGCUAGUUAUUGCCAACGAAUAUGAUUCAAAUAUAAAUAAUUUACAUCAAGUAUGGCAUUUUUUAUCAAUUACCCCAACAUCUUAUGAUUGUUUGACUUUUAUUGACGAACUUUAUCAACUUACAUUAACUUUUUCUUCAGUUAAACAACAUUUAGCAUUAUGUUCAGAAGAUUUUCUCUUAGCAUUAGGUAUUUCACAUGAUGAUAAUAUAAGAUUUAGUUAUUUUAAAAUAUUAGCUUUCUUAAUUAAUAAUCCUCAACCAGAUAAAAUAAAAUGUUUUGCAAUUGAAUCACAAAUUAUUGAUUUAACAAAAGAUCAUUUCAAUCAUUUAAUUAAUGGAGAAAAUAUUCGCAUAGAUUUAGAAAAGGAAAUAAACCAAAUAAUUGAAGAAUUAGGUGGAUAUGUAUUCUUUAAAAUGCAUAGAAGUCCAAAAGAUGCUUACGAAAAAGAUGAAGAUCCUUAUUUGAAUUUUAUGAAAAUUCAAAAUGUUAAUCAAUUAAAAUUACUUUUUAAAAAUAGUGAUCGACUUCGACAAGAUUUAAAUGAACUAUCUUCAAAUGAAAAAAAUUAA